AAAGGUCCCCGCGUUUUCAAAAAGACAGCUUCUCUUUUUCCCUCUCUACAGUCCCACCGUUCGUUGUGCUCUCAGAGGUUACUUGAUUACUGAUUUCUCUCCGUAAUCUGCACUGUUCUAUUGGUUCGGUACUUUGCUUAGAUGGAAUUCAAGUUCCGAGCCGUCGAUGAUAGAAGGCGGUCGAAUAUCGCGGCUCCAAUUGGCUUCAGUUACUUCGGCGAACAAGCAGUGCAAGAUGGAUUGCCGAGCAAUAUUCCGAGAAAACUCGACCUAAUGGAAAAUCCUACGGUGUUUCAGCAUCGGGAAGAAGUGAAACGGGAGAUGGAGAAAGAGCGAAUCCGCGAGGAGAUCAUCGCGGAAGAAGUCGCGCGGCGACGAUUGCUGGAGGCAGAGGUGAGGAGAGAGAUGGCGAUGGAGAGAGAGAUGUCAAUUCGGAGAGCCGCUGAGAUGAGGCUGUCUUUCGAGGAUAGGCGGACAAUGCUCUUCAACCCCUGGCUCCCAUCAGGGUAUCCGUACGAGAAUGGCUGUCUCGACGAGUGGAUGGCUUCUCGUACAGCCAGGCGUACGGCCGGUUUUGAUAUGUUGUUUCCGUCGCCGAUGGUGCGGUUGUCAGAGGCCACAGGGACUGACUCAGCUGAGGUCAAGCCUCCUCCGGCGUCUAGCAAGGAUAAAUUGAUUAUGCUGGCUAGGCCCAAUCCUAAUCAUACUGGAGCAAAGCGGAAAGCUGAGACACUGCUCGCUGUUGGUGCUGACGACCUCCCUUUGCUUGUACCGAAGAAGAAUCCCAAGAAAGAAUGGAGUUGUGCCCUCUGUCAGGUUAGUGUCACAAGCGAGCAAACCUUGAAUGAGCACCUCCGAGGUAAGAAACACAAAGCCAAGGAAGCAGGAUUGCGAGCUUUGAAGGUGGAGAACUCGAAUGGUGAGUCGUCGCCAAAGAGAACUCAGGUUUCUGAGUAUACAGACUCAACAGGCAACGCUGAAACAAAGUUGAAGACAAAAAUAGAAGAGAUAUGGCUUCAAAUUGAUAAAACUGGGAAAGGCUCCAAACAAAAGGAAGGAGAAGAUUCAAAGAACAAGAAUGAUGAGCUGCCAUCAGAGAAACAAGCAAGGAAUGAGAAGAAAGGCAAGGCAGCAGCAGAAAGAGCAGGGGGAAAAACACCAAAAUCUCGAAAGAAGUUUAAGUAUUGGUGCGACUUGUGUUUUGUUGGAGCAUACUCUGAAGUGGUGAUGGAGGAUCAUAAAAUGGGGAAAAAGCAUGCAGCUUUGCUUCGGGAGCUUAGCUUAAACAGCGUAGCUAUCAAGACUAACACUGCCAUCGACAGCACAUCCUAAGUAUCAGCCAGGCAAAGAAGAAAAUCAGAAAACAACAGAUAUUGUGGUUGGAUGUGGAUCAAUCGAUAUCCGCAGGUAAAUUUUAACUAUACAGUCUCACUAGAGGUACCGAGCAACAACUCCAGGCCUAGAUUGACGUUUCUUCUGUUAGAGAUUUAAUCAGACAUAAGAUUUUAAUUGGAAAAUUUAACAUAUGAUGAGGUUCUCCUCCUAGUUGAAUUAGAAUAAAAAAUGAUGAAAAUGGCUAUACCAUCAUCUCUCUUGUAGGUAAUAAGAAUAACAGUUUGUCUCGUAUAUACUGAUUUACAUGCCUUGUAUAAAUGUCUUUGAGUACCAUGCCUGUUAAAUAUAGACUUCUCCACUAUAUGUAAGAUUUAUUAGGCAUAAGUAGUCUUUCUAUGAGUGUGAAUAGAACAUACUUGCUAACUGUAAUUAAUUUUUAAUUGUUUUAGAAAUUAUUAAUUUUAAUACUAAAAUUUACUGGUAAAAAAAUUAGCACUCACUAUUAAAAAAUAUUAAAAUUAGCCAGUUAAAAGUUAGUUACUGCUCAUACUUAAUAUUUCAAGCUCAAAACAUGUAACUUUUGCCUCUUUGUUAGUCUUACCCAUUACGAGAACGAUUUUAAUAUUUGAUGUUUUCGUGCAAGUUGCCAUUUCAUCAUCAAAGUGGAUAUUCUCUCAAUUCUCAAGUUAACUGAAAGAGCUCAUCAUGCGUGAUGUUCCCAUCUCGAUGGCUUAUAUGAUGCUUUGGCCAAGGGUGGUUCACCUGGUAAUGUCUCUUUCAACUUUGGUUUCUGGUAUAUGAUGAAAGUUUAGAUAUAAUAAUGGCAAUGAAAACUUGACUUCUUAUGAAAAUUUUAACUUUUUGUAAGUUUUUUUUUUUUUUUUUUUCACAAUUGAGUAUAUAAGUCCUUUAUGAUGUUGGGAGGUGACUUUUAAUAUUUUAGUAAAUUCAUAUAUUAUCAAUUACUGUACACAAGUUUUAUUAACUUACAAUAAAACAUAGAAUAUUAGACACAGUGAUCUUUAGACGCUAUAGUAAAAACCUGAUUACCCAUGAAGCUUUAUCAGGCUUCUAACCUUUUUCUCUGCACUGCACUGAAAUCGACAUCCCCCAACAAUCCCACACGUAAAAAAGAGGAAAGAGUACAAAAAGAGAACAUUAUCUUCUUGUUAGGGUAGAUGCCAUUUCUCUAUUUUACCUACUGCAGUUUCUUCCUUUGCCUCAGAGAAUAACAAAAGGGUUUUUGCUGAAUAAGUCCAUACAUUCUCAUUUCAUAAAUUAUUUUUUACAUUAAAAAAUUCAGCUUUGAUUUUUAAGAUAUGAAUUCAAUUUUGAUCUUAUCUAUUCUUUUCAUAAAAUAGAUUUUUUUAGUUAAUUAUCCAACUGUGAUCUUAAAAUAGGAAAUUCCACUUUUAUUGGGAAAGGAAA